GUCGUCCAUUCAAUCCACAGAUUUCCAUUACAGUCCAUCUUCCUUCUCUCUCCUUCUGAUAAACGGAAACAAAAAGAAUCAAAAGAUCCAAUUAUCCUUUUUUCUAUAUCUUCCUCAUGGAAGCUGAUGUUUUAAUUCUCUGCCAAGAACAUUAAUUAUCCCUUUCUUUUGUGAAUCCCGUUAGGGUUUUGUUUGUGUGGUUAAUUUAUAAAUUUGUAGGGAGGGAAUUGAAUUCAAGAAUGAAAAGGGUUUCUUGUGGUGCUUUAGUAGCAGUUGUUUUACUGUUAUAUUUAUCAGCUGCUUCUUUGAUGACUUCAGCCAGUGUGGUGUUGAUCGGAACCAAUGUUACUUUGUCUUUUGAUGACAUUGAAGCUACUUUUGCUCCAAUGCUUCAGAGCUCAGGGGAAUGUGGCCAGUUGUAUUUGGCUGAGCCGCUUGAUGCUUGUUCGGAUUUGACGAAUAAAGCUGUAAAGCCAGCUUCGAAUGUUAGCUUCCCGUUUGUCUUAAUAAUAAGAGGACGGUGUAGCUUUGAGGAUAAAGUUAGAAAAGCACAGAAGGCUGGGUUUAAAGCAGCAAUUGUUUAUGACAAUGAAGAUGAUGGCGUCUUGGUUUCAAUGGCGGGAAAUUCAGCGGGUAUAAAAAUACAUGCUGUAUUUAUUUCUAAAUCUUCCGGGGAGACACUCAAGAAUUAUGCUGGGCUGAGUAACGUGGAGCUAUGGUUAAUCCCAAGCUUUGAAAAUUCAGCCUGGUCCAUUAUGGCGAUCUCUUUUAUUUCUCUUCUAGCCAUGUCUGCAGUGCUAGCUACUUGUUUCUUUGUCCGUAGACACCGCAUAAGAAGAGAGCGCCCUCGUUCUUCCCGUGUCAGAGAGUUCCAUGGGAUGAGCAGUCGCUUGGUUAAGGCAAUGCCAAGUCUAAUUUUUACUGCUGUUCUAGAGGAUAAUUCUACUUCGCGGACGUGUUCCAUAUGCCUUGAAGACUACACUGUGGGAGAAAAGCUCAGGGUUUUACCAUGCCGACACAAAUUCCAUGCUUUGUGUGUGGACUCUUGGCUUACUUCAUGGAGAACUUUUUGCCCGGUAUGCAAGCGUGAUGCAAGAACUAGCAACGGUGAUCCACCAGCGUCAGAAUCUACACCUUUACUCUCGUCCAGUGCAACAUCUAUUGCUUCUUCUUCAGUGCUAUCAUCAUUUAGAUCUGCAUCAUCAUUAGCCAUUCAAAUUGCCCCAGGAUCAUCACCGUCCCCUUCCGUUUCUCAUAUGCCCUCUCUUUCGACCACUCCUUAUCUCCACCAGUCUCUUAGGUCGUACCAUCAAUCGCCUUCUGCGAGUAUAAGUCGAAACUCAGAUCUUAGGCAUGUGUCUUCUCAAAGGUCCAUUUCUUCUCAUCUAGUUUCAUCCCACUCCUUGGGUUACCCGUCAUUGUCACCUCAUAAUUCAAGAUAUUUAUCUCCAUAUGUUCCGAGCCCAAGUAAUGCUUCACCCGGUUUAAUAAGUUCUUUGAGUCAUCAACCGCGCCUCCUUCAUUGUAGUGAGUCUGCUGCUAGUUUCUCCCCGUUUGCCUCUGCUCACUCACUCCCAGAGUCGUAAUCUGAAAUUCAGUUUAUGGUUGGGAGGCUUCCCUAUGUGCUGCCUGAAAUUCCGAAGGAAUCAACACUCGUGGCGUCCUUUGGACCUCAAGAUCACAUCUUCCUAUAUCAUUUUGUGAUUGGAUUUCACCAAAUGUGUUGAUUCUGUCGUGCCUUACCCGGAAAAAAGAAAUACUUCUGUGUGAUUUAAACAUUGUAUCAUAGAUCGUCAGCUGCUUGUAUUAAUUAAAAGUGAUUAACUGUGGUUUUACGGUUUUCUAGAGUGCUAUGAAUGGAUUGUGUUGUAUCUUGCUCUAUUGAAGUUGAUGUACUAGUAAUUUGAACUGGUGUGUAUAGUUUAACCUUAAAGACAACCAUUGAGCUAGGAAGAGUUUGCAUUGUAUAAGGAUUCUGUCUACUUUAUGGCAAACUGGUAUUCAUUGGCCUA